CACAUACCUCACCGUUGAUAUAUUAACUAAUAUCUAGCUCGUGGCAGGCCUUGGGACAAGCGUCUGUAAUUCGCGCCAGCUGGAUUAACUUGAAUCUGUUAAAAGCUACGCUACCUUCAAACCAUAACUGUGCAUCCGUAUACUGUAUCCGACGCAUCUAGAUCUCCGGACCUUGCUGCUAGGACACGCUAAAAAUGUCAGCCGACACUGUUCAUGCGGACUACGCGUCGGUCUCCAAGCUGGCCAAGUACCCUUUCGAGCCAUACUGGCCAGAGAAGAAGCUCAAAAUUUGCGUGACCGGUGCGGGAGGAUUCAUUGCUAGCCAUUUGGCGAAGCGGCUUAAGUCAGAGGGCCACUAUAUCGUGGCCUGCGACUGGAAGCGCAACGAGCACUUCGUGGAGGAGGAAUUCUGCCACGAGUUCCAUCUGGCUGACCUGCGCGUGUACGACAACUGCAAGAAGGUGUGCCAGGGCUGCGAGCACGUGUUCAACCUGGCUGCGGACAUGGGCGGCAUGGGUUUCAUCCAGUCCAACCAUUCCGUCAUCAUGUACAACAACACCAUGGUCUCCUUCAACAUGAUGGAGGCGGCGCGCAUCUGCGGCAUCAAGCGCUUCUUCUACGCCUCCUCCGCCUGCAUCUACCCCGAGUACAAGCAGCUGGACACCACCGUGGAGGGCGGCGGCCUGAAGGAGGCGGACGCAUGGCCCGCGCAGCCCCAAGACGCGUACGGCCUGGAGAAGCUGGUGACGGAGGAGCUAUGCAAGCACUACCAGAAGGACUUUGGCAUUGAGUGCCGCGUGGCGCGCUUCCACAACAUCUACGGGCCGCACGGGACGUGGAAGGGAGGCCGUGAGAAGGCGCCCGCCGCCUUCUGCCGCAAGGUGCUCACCUCGGCCACCGAGAUCGAGAUGUGGGGCGACGGCAAGCAGACGCGCAGCUUCACCUUCAUCGACGACUGCGUGGAGGGCAUCCUGCGCAUCACCAAGUCGGACUUCACGGAGCCGCUCAACCUGGGCUCCACCGAGAUGGUGUCCAUGAACGAGAUGAUGGAGCUGGCCAUGUCAAUGGAGGGCAAGCAGCUGCCCAUCAAGCACAUCCCCGGCCCCGAGGGCGUGCGCGGUCGCAACUCGGACAACAAGCUCAUCCUGGAGAAGCUGGGCUGGGAGCCUACCGUGACGCUGAAGGACGGGCUCAGGCUGACGUACUUCUGGAUCAAGGAGCAGUUGGAGAAGGAGAAGGAGCAGGGCGUGGACGCCAGCAAGUACAGCCACAGCACCAUUGUGCAGACCAGCGCGCCAGUGGAGCUGGGCUCGCUGCGGAAGGCGGACGGCGAGGAGGGCUUCUGAGGGCCGCCUGCUCUGCUGCAUGGCCGACGGCGAGGCAUGGCCGCCUGCACUGCUGCAUACGUAUCAGUUGGGUGUCGUGCGUGCGUACCAAGGGCGAGCGGAGCACAUCGACAAUGGGAACUGACAGUUGGGGCGUGCGUGCGUCUUGAUUGGUGCCGGUAUCGGUGGUGAAAGGAUGGGUGGGUGGGUAUGUCCUAUUCGAAAAGAGGUGCCUGGGAUAUUCGUGUGACUGUGCGUUGCUAGAGAGCGUGAUUCCGGGCUUGCUGAUGCGCUACUAGUCAGGCUCCCUCUCAGCAGGUGAGGUUGCGGAAUUCUCGGCUUGUCCCGUUGUCCAGGGGAUGUAGGGGAGCACUUGCGGCAGGCCGGCCUCCGUGAGUGGUCCCCUAAGGCGGGCUCUGUGAUUGCUUGCAGUGUUACCUCCUCUGCCCAGUUCGUUGACUCGGCUAACCGGUUGGCUUAGGCUAAUACAAUCAACAUACGAACUACUUUGACUGAACUAGUUUAUUCUUUCGGGUUUACGGACAGAAAUCGGAUUUCGGAUCGGUUUGGGCUGAUGCUCCAACUGUCUGGCUUAAGGCGUAUUUGGAAAAUGCACAUGGAUUACGGUACGUGUAGCGGUGAUCAGUUCAGCUGGAUGGCUUGGAUGGAUGUUGUACCAUGCGGUUUAGUGCGGGUAUGCGGCGCUGUGUUGAUGUACGGUCGAAUAGAGUGAUUAGACCAACAGUUCGCACAUAUGAGCGCGCGUUAAGGGAACCGGUAUGAAGGCGCAUGAAAUGAAGUCAUUGUCACCGAUUCCUGAACAGCCACGCUCCUAAUCAGGUGCAGCCAGCCUUGGGUCGCACGCGGUGUGUACUGCUUUUAAUGCGCCCGCAUGAACCACCGCGGGUUGGUGGGUGUGUGCCGUCUCGGAAGAGGUUUCUGAAGCAAGCAGCUUAUGGCCAGUGCAGGCAGCGU